AUGCUUGGGUCCUCCGUGCUCCUCUCUCUGUGGCCCUCCUCAGCCUCAAUGCUCCUCAUUGGGCUCAUGGGCCGACAGCUGGGGCUCAGGUUUGGGUUACAGGUUGUUCAGGCUCUGACUUGUUCACGUUGGGGGUCACCAGGUGACCAGGGCUUGUCCCAUGAUGGUGAUAUAAUGAUUGGUGGACUCUUUAGUCUCCGUUACAAGCCUUCAGUGACAGCUCAGGAUUUCACUCAGCUGCAGUACUACCAAUCCUGCACCGGGUAAAACUCUGCACUCAGUCAUUGUGUUAAAUGUGAUGUUAAAAAUUGUGUAUUUGCAGAUUUUUUUUCCUCAUAAUAUUGCAGAUUUAUAUAUAUGUAUUUUCAUUUCUUGUUAAAAUUUUGCUGGAGAUGGAAAUGCUUUCUCGUUUAACAAUCCCAGCAGUUUCCCUCUCUUCUCCUCUCUGUGUUUUCAGUUUGCAAAAUCUUCCCCUGCAGUACAUCUAUGCAAUGAUUUUUGCACUGGAGGAAAUAAAUCAAAGUGCAACCUUGCUUCCAGGCGUGAAGCUGGGGUACCACAUUCGUGACAGCUGCGGCACACACCCAUGGGCAACCCAGGCAGCGCUGACAGUGGUUGGAGGAAACAGCAGCAGCUGUAAUUCAGCAUCUCUAACAAACUAUUCUGCGGCGUCAUCAGCUGAUAAGCCUGUGCCUUUGAUAAUCGGUGGCUCUUCAUCUGUGGCGGCAAAAGCACUUGCAAAAACUCUGGAGCCUCUUUCUGUGCCUUUAGUAAGUACAAUUACAAUAGUUACACUUAUUUGUCUGCAGUUUGCAAACUUUAAUUGAAAAAAAUCUCAGCAACAAGGCCUCACUUUAAUAAUCUGAUCAUAUGUUUUGGCUCUCUUCUGCUUUUUUCAUCUCAAAUUAAGCAGCAGCUCUCCGAGGGAAUAUAGCCCUGCAUCUUUAGAGCCAAUGAAAUUUUAAAAUGGCUGUGCUUUAUUUUUUGUAUCUGUCUUCUAGAUGAGCUACACAGCCAGCUGUCCCUGUCUGAGCGACAGAGCCCAGUAUCCUAAUUUCUUCAGAACCAUGCCCAGUGAUGUCUACCAAGCCCGGGCCAUGGCUCAGCUUGCCAUUCGCUUCAAGUGGACCUGGAUCGGGGCAGUGGUAGCAAACAAUGACUAUGGCUUCAUGGCAGUAAAGGUGAUUUGAUUCUUAUUUAUUUUAUUGUGUUUUUUAGGCAAUAGUGUUUCAUCUAUGAAGGAUAAUUCUACUUAAAUACAAAAGUUUUAUUUUUAUUCUCUCCUUUUCCUCCAUCUCUGGUUUAUAUCGCAGGUUUUUCAGGAGGAGACUGCAGGUAAAGAGGUCUGUCUGGCAUUUGUAGAGACUCUCCAAAGGGAGAGGAUUGUUAGUGAUGCCAGACGGGCAGCACUCACAAUUCAGGCCUCCACUGCGAGAGUUAUUUUAGUCUUUUCCUGGUAUACAGAUGUGAAGGAACUGUUUCUACAACUGGCCAAGAUAAAUGUGAGACGCUGAAACACAAUAUUCCAAAAUCCUUAUUGCUAUCUAAAAAUACUUAAUAAUGAUAUUAUUUUUUUUCUGGGAAGGUGAAUGACAGGCAGUUUCUGGCCAGUGAGGCCUGGAGCACCAGCACUACCCUUCUUGAAAAUCCCAUCACAUCCAAAGUGGCGAGUGGGGUUGUUGGUGUGGCAAUUCGAAGCUCAACGAUUCCUGGAUUUAGAAACUACAUUAAGAGUUUGAAUCCCUUAAAACGCCCUGAUGACAAGUUCUUAAGGGAAUUCUGGGUAAAGGAGUUUGGUUGCAAUCCUGAUGCUAAACCUCAGACUUCAUCAGAGGCUUCUUUGCCUCCCUGCAGCGGCACAGAGUCCUUGGAGAGAGUGCAGAAUCACUUUACAGACACCUCCCAGCUGAGGGUGACUUAUAAUGUCUACCUUGCUGUUUAUGCUGCUGCCCAUGCCCUCCACAACCUUCUCUCAUGUCCUAACAGAGACAACAGCAGCUCCUCAUGCUUUAUCCUGAAACACAUCAAACCCAUAGAGGUAAACACAACUUAAAUGAGUCUCAUACUGUAAAUCUCUUCUGCUCUUCUACUUUAAACUGAAGUGUUUCAAUAUCUUGUUGCUUUAAGCUUUUGCAGCAGAUGAGCAAAGUGAACUUCACCUCACCACAAGGUGAACUGUUGUAUUUCCAAGGGGGCGACACCCCAGCAAAAUACGACCUUGUCAACUGGCAGAAAACCCCUGAUGGUUUACAAAAACUCACCCUGUUUGGUCGUGUGGACGGGUUUGACCUCCACCUUAAUGAGUCCGCUGUUCAGUGGAGCACAGGAUCAAACCAGGUAGUUAUCAGACUACUGCAUUUAAGUCUAAUGACUGAAAAAAAUACCUUAUGGAGAUGUUUUUCACCUGUUAUUCAGGUACCUGUGUCGGUGUGCAGUGAGAGCUGUCCUCCUGGUACCAGAAAGGCCAACAGGAAAGGAGAGCCUCUGUGCUGCUUUGACUGUUUUCCAUGUGCUGAAGGAGAGAUAAGCAACAAAACUGGUGAGGAGAUCUGCACAACUAGAUAACAGAGGCUUAUGUUACAAACCCCCCAUAGUUCCUUUUUUUUUCAUAAGCUCUUUCCUGAUCAGGUUCACCUCAUUGUGAGCGAUGUCCACCUGAGUUCUGGUCCAACCCUGAACGAACUGCCUGCAUCCCUCGUCAGCUGGACUUCCUUUCCUUUAAUGAAACUUUGGGCAUCACUCUGACUACAGCAGCUGUGUCUGGUUUUGUGGUGACUUCAGCUGUGUUUGUGGUCUUCCUUUACUACCGUCACACACCUGUGGUAAGAAUCCUGUAUAAUGUCAUAAAAAGCACUCUGUAUAUAUAUAUUUUAAACUUUUUCUUCAUUCUUCCUUCUAUUUUUAGGUACGAGCCAACAAUUCAGAGCUGAGCUUCCUGCUCCUUCUGUCUCUGAAGCUCUGCUUCUUGUGCUCUCUGGUGUUCAUUGGUCGUCCAUCAGUCUGGUCCUGUCGCUUCCAGCAGGCGGCUUUUGGGAUCAGCUUUGUACUCUGUGUUUCCUGCCUCCAAGUCAAGACCAUAGUUGUUCUGGCAGCUUUCCGCUCAGCUCGGCCCGGUGCUGAAGCCUUGAUGAAGUGGUUCGGUCCCGGUCAACAAAGAGGAAGUAUCUGUGUCUUCACUAGCAUACAGGUCAGAGUUCAGUUGUUGCAGAAAAUAAUGCUGUAAAUAAGUGUAGCUUUGAAAUAUAGUAACAUAAAGUUCUGCUUUCUCCACUCAAGGUUAUCAUUUGUGCCAUUUGGCUUUCUCUAAACCCCCCAGUCCCUCAGGCUGACUUUAAAGUCCCUGGAUUAACAGUCACUCUCAAAUGUGCCAUGGCCUCUUUGGUGGGCUUCUCUCUGGUUCUGGGCUACAUCGGUCUGCUGGCCUGCACUUGCCUCCUCUUGGCCUUUCUGGCUCGAAAACUACCGGACAACUUCAACGAGGCCAAACUGAUCACCUUCAGCAUGUUGAUCUUCUGCGCUGUCUGGGUGGCUUUUGUUCCUGCUUAUGUGACCUCUCCUGGAAAAUAUUCAGUUGCUGUAGAGAUUUUUGCAAUCCUGGCCUCAAGCUAUGGUUUACUCUUCUGCAUCUUUGCUCCAAAGUGUUUCAUCAUUCUUCUGAGGCCUGAGAAAAACACUAAAAAACACAUGAUGUCCAGAUAA